AUGGACCCAGAAUGGCACCUUCACGAUGAAGUGAACUCAAGAAACAUCUUCACAAUAAUCGAGGCAAAAGAACAUCUUCAAAAGGACGAAACAAGAAAACAUCGUGAACAUACCAGCAGAAGAAAGGGUUUUGAUAGGGAAAAUCAAACACCAAAGGACAUCUUCAGAAUGCCGCGAAGAAGGUAUAUCAUCGUAAAAAAAAUAACACACAGAAAAAUAUCUUCACGAUACCGCGAGAGAAGUACAUCAGACUAG